AGUGCCGAGAAGAUAACUCGUAUAACCCCACACUUAAAGUUACGAUAAGAAAUAUAGCGAAGAUGGAUUUCAGAGAUGCAUCGCGCAUGGAUGAGAGCGAUGAGUCUAUCCUCCGUGAACCAUACCGACCAUUCUACAAGAUCUUUGGUGGCGCACCCAUCUUAAUCAAACAGAGUAAUGAGUAUGAUCGUGUAGCCUUUAGAGAGAGACCGUGGCUGGGCGUGUUGCUGUUUGAUAACGUUACUUCGGAUGCGAGGGAUCAUGCUGCAAACGAACGAACAUUCCUCUCGUGGCUUAAGCUGAGCGUGUACAUGGCCAUAGUAUCCGUAGCCAUUGUACUUUCAUUCCACUUAAAGUCUGAACCAACGCCACUUGAGAAACGAUUCGCACUGCCGCUAGGCAUCAUCUUCUGGUUACUGGCUAUGGCAUGUAUGCUGUCCGGACUGUCGAAUUACAUCAAUACGGUGUCGCGGUACAGUCAACGGCAGGCAAUUGUGCAGACAGGAUGGAAGACGCAAAUAGUGUUCACCAUUGUAUCGGGUGCCAUUGUUGGUACAUGUAUCUUAUUCAUCGCUACAAACGAAGAAAAGUAGUAGAUGCUUCUGGAAGAGAAAUGGAGUGCCUUGUAAAUGGCAUACUCAGUAUGACGCACACUUUGCACUACCCGUUGUGAUUGGCGAUACACCCCUACUUAACUCAGCAUCGCGCUUAGUCGGCCUCGAGGAUUGCCCAGGUCUGGUCAUCAACGGUGGUAUAGAUGAGACCUGCAGACAGAAGCUCAUCGGAACCCUUUGCAACAUCGGCUGUAUCGAUACCGAGCUUUGCAGCAAUCUCAUGCUGAUUCAGACCCUCGUUCGACUGCGGUGCUUCCCUCAAAUACUGGAACACCUUCUUCGCUACCGGACCGUAUUUGCUGAGAUCGUAGCCGCCAUAUUCACCACCGGCUGCUUUUUGUUGUUGCUGUCCUGCCGCACCAUUUGCGUUGGCACCAGCAGUCCGCGCGCCACCAGGUGGCCCGCGAGUGAAGUGUAAAUGUACAGCGGUCGCUUCGAGCAGGUGGAAGGAAACCUCGUUCAUGUCUUCGAUUGGGCGGAUGACGGUCGCUCCCACAGAUCUCCGGUCGUUGAAGAUUUUUAAUUUGCCCCAUGCUCUGCAGUAUGCACCUUCAACAAGCUUGGCUUUGGUUGGGUUGGGCUGUUCAGAUGAGUCGGAAUCGACCCAGAC